UCGAUUUCAGGAUUCGAUUUCAGGAUUCGAUUUCAGGAUUCGGUUUCCCGAUUCCAUAUUUUAGGGUUUCCCUGAAAUGUUGUUUACAUUCUCAGGAAAGUCAUGAUCAAGUGACAACAAAUUUAGCCGAGCUAUGCAGGUUAUGUCAUCAGUAUGGCACUUUUUGGAAGGCUUACCAGCAUCGGCCCAGCAUCGGUUAUUUCUUCCUUCCAUCCCUGUCCAUCUUUUAUGCGUUUCAAUUGAUGCAACAAUAUAUGUCCUCAUACAUGACAACCUACCUUCUUUGAAGCAUUUACCGCUCUAAUUGUAUUGUGGGCUCCAUUGAUGGUGAAACAACAUGGCGGACGGACUUGAUACCUGCCGGCAAAUUCUUCUAGAGAGAUUUCCUUCAAUAGACGACGAUCUUUUCCAGUAUGUGACAGACAUUCUUGAAAGUGGAUCAGAUGAUUUUGAGAGUGGUGAAGAUAUUCACGAUGCUGUGGGGAGUAUACUCACAGAGGUGGCAGGAGAUGAAGGAGAAGAGGACAUCAUUGACAUUUGUAACCAACUAAUGGGUGCUUUAAAAGGCAGUGGAUGCAAUGGCACAACCACAGAUCAAGGGAGGCACAAAUUACUCCAAGCCCCUGUCAAUAUGAGAGAGAUGGCAGAAAAUUUAGAACCUCAGCUGGAGGAUGAAAUGUCAAGUAUCUGGAUUGUAAAGAGAGAAAGUAAUACAGUUGUAGAUCAGAAAAAAUUGCAAAAAGCUGAAGCUAAAAUAAAAGCAAAGCAGGAGAAACGUGCCCAGGAUGGAGAACCUAUUAAUGAGAUAAGAGGGAGGCAAAUAGAUAAUGCUUCAGCUUGCCAGAGCUCAAACAAAAGAGAAAACAAACUAGAAGCCAGUGGUACAAACAAAAGUCGAGAUAUUAGGAUAGAGAACUUUGAUCUCUCUUAUGCAGACAGAGUUUUACUGAAAGAAGCAGACUUGACACUAAUAUUUGGUAGGAGAUAUGGCUUAGUUGGAAGAAAUGGCAUUGGGAAGACAACGCUUAUUAAAAUGAUCUCCAGGCGUGAGUUAUUUGUUCCAUCUCACAUUUCUAUUCUGUGUGUUGCACAAGAGGUGACUGGUGAUGAGACACAAGUUCUUCAGAGUGUUCUAGAAUGUGAUACUGAAAGAGAGAAACUAUUGAAAGAAGAAAGGAAACUUCUUGCACUGACAGGACAUGAAGGGUACACAUUCAGAGCUUCUUUAAUACUGGCUGGACUGGGCUUCUCAACAAAAAUGCAGAAUCAACAAACAAGAGAACUGUCUGGAGGUUGGAGAAUGAGGCUUGCUCUUGCAAGAACACUAUUUAGUAGACCCGAUCUUUUACUUCUUGAUGAACCUACCAAUAUGUUGGAUCUAAAAGCUGUUUUGUGGUUGGAAAAAUACCUUUUGAAUUGGCCAUGCACCUUGCUUGUCGUAUCACAUGACCGCACGUUUUUAGAUGCUGUGGCGACGGACAUUAUUCACAUGCACUCGCAAAGACUAGAGUCCUACAGAGGAAACUAUGAGAAUUUUGUAAAAACCAUGACAGAAAAACUAACCAAUCAACAGCGGGAAUACGAGGCACAACAAAUGCACAGGCAACAUCUACAGGCAUUUGUUGAUAGAUGGAGAUAUAACGCGAAAAGAGCAUCGCUUGCACAAAGCAGACUCAAAGCGCUGGAGAAAUUACCUGAUCUGCAGCCUGUUGUUGUGGAUCCACCUGUUGUACUCAAAUUUCCAGAGUGUGAAAAACUCUCCCCUCCUGUGUUACAGCUGGAUGAGGUGAUCUUCUACUACGAGAAAGGAAAAGUUGUUCUCAACAAAGUGAGUCUUUCAGCAAACCAGGAGUCGAGAAUAGCACUGGUUGGUGAAAAUGGCCAAGGAAAAACCACAUUGCUAAAGCUAUUGCUCGGUGAUUUGGAGCCAGUGUCAGGACUCAAAUUCUCUCACAGGAACUUAAAGAUCGGUUAUUUUAGUCAACAUCACGUCGAUCAACUUGGUUCAGAGCAGACUCCAUUGGAAUUACUCGCUUCUAAGUUUCCAGGGCAGCAUGAAGAAGAGUAUCGCCGUCAGCUUGGUAGAUAUGGAGUCAUAGGCGACCUGGCUCUCAGACCCGUCAAGAGCCUGUCGGGUGGACAGAAGAGUAGAGUGGUCAUGGCUGUGAUGAGUAUGAUCAGACCGCAUUUCCUGAUUCUUGACGAACCGACAAACCAUUUAGAUGUAGAAACAAUAGAAGCUCUUGGAAAAGCUUUGAACGAUUAUAAGGGCGGUGUUGUCAUGGUAACUCAUGACGAAAGACUUGUAAGAAGUGUAUGUAAGGAAGUUUGGUUGUGUUCCAAUGGCUCGGUGACCAGACAAGAUGGCGGAUUCGAGCAAUACAGAAAACUUCUAGAGGAUCAACUUCGAGAUCUAUGACGAAAUCUUUAUAAUUACAAAUGAUAAAUUUAAUUACUAGUUAAUUUACUGUUAAGAUUGUAUAGCAUUUAAACCAUGAUAUAAAAAGCUUAGCUGGCAGUUUUAAAAACAAGAAAUUCUGCUAUAAAUAGUUUGUCGCCCAUCGCUGGGGUGCAAAGUGUAAAUCUGAAUCUCCUACAGUCGUGGUGUGACCAUGACUCAGGCGUCCUGUAAACUAAAAUUGUUUCAAAUUCUCGUUGACUAGUUGCUCAGACACGGUAUCAAGACCUACUGUGUGUUGUGCGUGGUCAGCAUGGAUGGUCCAGGCAGAUACAGCCAAAAAAACAAAGAAUUUCGUCAGGCUUCCAUUUUGCCAUUCGCCUUCGCUUCUAAGAUGAAGUCAAAUGAACUUGAUCAGGAUCAGUCGUAAGAAAAACACGGGUUGUUUAUGCGCGCUGAUCGUUUAUUGAUUGAAGUUAUUGUUAUAAGUCGUCCCUGUGUGUCGUACCCUAAAGAAUUUUAUCUACCUCUUGUAACCAGGGGACCUCCCUCCCUAAGGGGGGGGGGGGGAAGGGGUAGGGGGAGAGACGAAAAUAUUAAGAAAACGAAAUGUCCUUUAUUCACACAACAUGAAGUUAUUAUCUUUCAAAAGCAGUUCAACAUAACUAGGUACCUAUCGGGAUUAGUAGAUGUUACUACUAACACGAUGUCAGAGUGUUCUGUGCUCUAACACGAGUUAACCUUGUUUGAGCUAGCACUUGUUCCCAAGUACAUAACAUUCAGUUCAUAUCUACGUUUUCUCACCAAUGAAUAUUCAAGAUGUCGGUUUAGAAAUGAUUGGAGAUACCACACACUAUACAUUCCAAGGCUUCUCUUGAAUCCUUCCUGGCAGGGGUUAUGUCAGAUAAUCUGACCACAUCAUCAAGACUUCUAACAAUUUGGAGCUAAAUCUAACAAGAAAUAUGUAUGGUCUAGUCAAUCACGUAUUCGUUAGUUUUACAGUAACACCCACGGGAAUGUUUACUUAUUUCUUGUAUUUUCCGCGCUCCGGAAAAUAUUACGAAACUCGAUGAAAUAUUCACCGUGUUAUAAGGUGUGUGUAUACCUCUCACUAACCGAGAUACACAAUUUCAGAAGUGAAAGAAAGUUUUAACCUUUUUCUUGCUAUAAAAGUUAAGAAGACUUGGCGAUAA